AACAAUAGGAAUCUUGCACGCAAACACUUCUCUCACUUUCUCUCUCUACAUUUUCACAUUUCUCUCUCUCUAGAAUAUUCCCAAAUUAAAACUGCAUAAAGAAACCCAAGUUGUCAAUAAACUAAUCCAAGAAGAGAGAAAAAGAACAUUAAAACAACUUAAACAUGGCUCUACUUAUUUCUGCUUCUUGCAUGCCCAAAUCUUCACUAUCCCUGACGCAAACCCACUUCAAAGAUUCUAUCUUUUUGUUUAACAGAACAUUUAGUUGCCAAAAGCUGCCAACAAGAACCUACAAACUCUCUCCUCUACAUGUGGCAGCACCUCCAUCACCGUCUGUAGAGAAAGAAGAAGAGUAUAGGGUUGAUGAUGAGAGUGGACAAGAGAGUGUUGAUUCAAAGUUCUCUUGGAGGGAUCAUUGGUAUCCUGUUUCUUUGGUUGAGGAUUUGGAUCCUGGCUUGCCAACCCCGUUUCAGCUUCUGGGUAGAGACUUAGUUCUUUGGUUUGAUACGACUAAUCAAGAAUGGGUUGCUCUUGAUGAUAAGUGUCCCCAUAGGCUUGCUCCUUUAUCUGAAGGCAGAAUUGAUGAAAAUGGACAUUUGCAAUGUUCAUAUCAUGGCUGGUCAUUUGAUGGAUGUGGAUCCUGCACAAGGAUUCCCCAGGCCAUGCCAGAAGGUCCUGAAGCUCGUGCAGUUAAGUCUCCUAGAGCUUGUGCUACUAGAUUUCCUACAAUGGUGUCCCAAGGUCUUCUCUUUGUUUGGCCAGAUGAGAAUGGUUGGGAAAGAGCUCGGGCCUCCAAGCCUCCAAUGUUACCUGAUGACUUUGAUAAACCUGAGUUCUCAACAGUUACAAUUCAGCGUGAUUUGUUCUAUGGUUAUGAUACACUCAUGGAGAAUGUCUCUGAUCCUUCCCACAUUGAUUUUGCUCAUCACAAGGUUACUGGAAGGAGAGAUAGAGCCAAACCCUUGCCAUUUAAGUUGGAGGGUAGUGGUCCUUGGGGCUUUGCCGGGGCCAAUGAAGGGAAUCCACGGAUCAGCGCUAAGUUUGUUGCACCUUGUUACUACAUAAAUAAAAUAGAGAUAGACACAAAACUUCCUAUAGUUGGUGAUCAGAAAUGGGUUAUAUGGAUUUGUUCCUUCAAUGUGCCAAUGGCACCUGGCAAAACCCGUUCGAUUGUCUGUAGUGCUCGAAACUUCCUCCAGUUCACAAUGCCAGGGCCUGCCUGGUGGCAGGUGGUUCCUAGAUGGCACGAGCACUGGACGUCAAAUAAGGUAUACGACGGAGACAUGAUUGUUCUUCAAGGUCAAGAGAAAAUCUUUCUUUCUGAAUCAAAGGAAGGUUCUAAUGUGAAUGAGCAAUACACAAAACUCACAUUCACACCAACUCAAGCAGACCGCUUUGUCUUAGCAUUUCGUAAUUGGCUGAGGCGACAUGGCAACAGCCAACCUGAGUGGUUUAGCUUUGAUGGUCAACAACCUUUGCCAUCAACAAUCCUAUCAAAACGUCAGAUGUUAGAUAGAUUCGAACAACAUACCAAUAAGUGUUCCUCAUGUAGAAAGGCAUAUACAGCAUUCCGAACAUUGCAGAAACUUCUAAUUGGUGCAACUGUUGCUUUCUCUGCAACAGCUGGAAUUCCCUCGGAUUUGAAUUUAAGGAUUAUCUUGGCUGGUCUUGCAAUUCUAAGUGCUGUUUCAGCCUAUAUCUUGAAUCAAUUAGAAAAUAACUUUGUACAUGUCGAUUAUGUACACGCAGAAAUUGAUUAAAAAGGGAAGGAAGCAAACACAUGGCUAGAUACAUCAAUUUUGUAAAGUAUAUAUACACAAAUCUUAUUUGUAAGUGUCAAAAGAGUAGUUUAUAUGAUAUAAUUCAUGCUUCUCCUUCAA